AUGAACGAUGCACCAGACCGUCCUAGCGAGACGACCACCCCUGAAGUAGUAGUGCAGCCUGCCACAACAGGCAUCGCAGCAAAGACCGAACCCAAAGAUGUUCUCAACAUAGUGAUUGCCGACUUACAUACUGCCAUCCUCGUUCUGAUCUCAGCAGUAUACUACCUCGACAACUUCUCCCUGCUCUAUCUCCUACGACUUUUUGGUCAGAACCAGAGCACUAGUGCUGGUAUCCGGGUCGUGCUGUUUUCAAGUAUAGCCUGUAUAGCGACGCAUAUCUUCCACGACCUCACGAAACCAGCUGCUCGCGAGAUCUGGAACCAUGGAGGGUUGCUUGUUGAUCUCAUUGGCGAGACGCCUCCUGCGCGAUAUAAACUACUGCUCUUGGAUUUCCUGAUCCUCGCACUGCAAAUUCUACAUCUCGCGCUGCACUACAAGACACUCUCGAGCACGAACGAAGCAAGCGCAUCCACAGCAGCACAAGACCUCGAAGCAGAAGAAGCAGGAAUAUCCAGGGCGCGACCGUCGCUCGCAAUCGAGACAGAAGAUGGCAUAGAAAUGCAGAGUCUACUACAAAGGAACAGCGUGGAUUCUACCAGGGACAGACUAGCUCCGUCGCAAGCACAUACAGAAACGACGGUUAUUGUCCUGCGCAAGAAAGAUUUCAAGGAGGUCUUUGUUACUUCGGCGCAUCAUGUUGGUGCGGAGGGUGCAGACGCUCGUGUUCAGGGCUUUUGGGAUAGAUUCCAGGCUAUUAGGGCAAGGAGAGCGGCACAGUUGGCUGAGGCUCAGUCUGGUGCGAAUGCGGCGUAG